GCCAGAGGUACUCCUCCUACCAGUCCUACUACUACUACAGUAAUCUUCCUACGAUCUCAGUCCGAGCUUUAAGGAUCGCGUUAUUCACGAUGCAAGUGUAGCUCCUCAGCUAUAGCAUUUAUAAUAUCUCGCGACCAUGAUACCGCCGUCUACGCACAUUAUCAGUUCAAUAAUGCUGCCAGAUGACCAUCUCCGUGGCCGCAUUCACCCACCAGUCUACAGUAGGUGCCUCAGUGCAUCAACCGCCAGCUCGAUCUGAUCCUUGCUGAACUGCUUUGUCUUACAUGCUAUUUGUCUGUCCCAGUCCCCAUUAACUGAGUGGUUUUUGCAGACGCGUUCAUUUUGAAACUCUGAAGCGCAAGAAAAACAGGCAGUUGAAUUUAUUAUAUUUUGCGCGAGAUUGCUAACCCUAGGUUAUGUGCUCUUCACCUCAUUCACUCAAGAACAGAACUUGACAUGGAAGGAUGGACAUGCCAACAAACUCGGCACAACUUCCAUCCCAUCGACAAACCAGCCGUCAUCUCACUCAUCUGCGGCCCGACCGGUGAUGCCGGGAAGUCACGGAAAUUAGCUCGCAUUGGCGGGCAGCCUGCACCCUUUGAAGGAGCAUGCAAGAUCGAUCCCACGAGCGCUCCUACAGAGUGCUCAAGCCCAUCUUAACACUAUAAGUGUUGCUCAGCAUCGGUGAUGGCGACAAAGCACUGUCAGUACUGUACCACUGCAGUUCCGAGUUGUCUUGGCUUGAGACUGCAGUUCUGCAGGCAGCGGGAUUUUUCACAAUCACGUGGGUCGGAAGCGCAGAUCGCGAUCACGUGACUGAUAUCCACCAGACGGAAUUGCUCGAGGCAAGAUUCCAACCGGCAUGCACUGGCAAGACUGCCACAGUAGCACAAUCCCUAUCUGCCAUGAGAACGGAUUAAACCGACACGAGGGCGCUGCUUCUGGAAUCAUGCGAGAAAAAGACAAGAUUUAUGUUUGGCGGAGUUCCUAUCGACUCACAAGUCCGCGAAAUGAACGGUACACCGCGGAGUGGAUGUAAAAAGCUACCGAGCGGAAAAGACGAUAGAUCGAGGGUCGAAGCUUGAGGCAGAUGCGAAAAGCAAAAGGUGAAGAGAAAAAGAGAAAAAAGGGUGGCGCACACAGACCGCGACAGGAUGGAGCACUGCACCAUCUGCACCAUUGGAGCUUGGGCGACACAGAAGCCGAUGCUUGGAGCAGGCGACUAGGCUGUGUCGGGACAGGUGCAGUGGAGAUGACGAAUAAUAGGGGCGGCAGUGGAGCGCCAUGUCGAGCAGGGAAGCAGAGAUUGGGACAUGGGGCAGGGGACGGCAGACUGGCAGAAAUCCGGCCGAGGAUAAAAGCCCCUCCCCUCGCUCUCGACGAAAUUCACACCUCCUGAAAGUGUGCGUGACGGUCACCUGUGUGUUGUUGUUGCCUUACCCACGCGUCGGCCUCUAAUAAUACUCGUCCGCACCACUCAGGCUUCACCAGCCUCACUGCGCCUCCAGCCACACCUGGCCGCCAAGACCUGAUCUCUCUGCCUGAUUCGCUGGUGCUCAACAACGCGCAACGCGACUCGAAGCCGGAAUUAUUUCUUCUAUAACUUGAAGACUGCAUCAUCACCACGAUCAUCAUCACAAUCCACCACCCAACACGAGCACCACUCACUUUCUUCGCGCGCACUGUACAGACUUUGUAUGCGCAUCAAUUGGCUCGAUCAACUCAAGCGCAUUGUCCAUCUCUAAACUUUUGCGCGCAGUCACCUACACUGUUUGCGCUCACUGUUGCGAUACUGUCUUUGCGACAAUUCGAUGCUGCAUUGACCUUGCGCAGCGCUGCAUCGAGUCGUGCCAGUGUGUUUUGGUGACCGCGCAUCCGGAAGUGUCACGUGUCAGGCCGCCGGGCAAAAUCCGCGGCUGGACGUCACUCGAGCCUUGGCAGUCCGAUCUCUCAGCACGUGACAGCCUUCAAUCACAUGACACUCAGAGAUUUGUCUGUCUCGGUCACCUGUUCUCCGCCUUCAUCUCUAAGUUCAACCCUGUUCCACGAACAUCCCUCGCCGUCCGCACCGUUGGUACCAACAUCGGGACGCGCACCAAUUGAGUUCCGUCGUGGUGUGGCCACUUGAUUGUGUCAGCAUCACCCGGGGUCAAAGCAUCCUCGCCGAACAUAUUUAAUUGCGCGGGUCCCUUUGAUUCCAACAUCGGAUUCACCUUGCGCCUUUGUCUCACUCCUUCGCCACUCUCACUGUUGUACAGUAUUUUUACCGUGGAUAAUUAAUUCCUCUUGUCUAUUCUGCUUCUCAGUCGGCUGGUCCGAUCUCCGAACUCCGAUCGACCUCACACCUCGCAUCCCGAGAUCUUGGCACCAUGGACGUCGAAACACAGAUGGAGUCGAAGGGCCUGCCUCUUCAGUUCAAUUCAACCUCAGAUCAACCACAAGGCCCUCAUAUCAUCGACAAUGAGGCCGCUUCGAUCUCUAAUUCAACAGCCAGUGUCACUGCUCCGCCGGCGCAACAGACAGUGAUCGAGGCUUCACAGACUACGUCGGAUUCAGCACCAGCAGUGACCGAGGUAAAGGCUGAGAAAGUGCCUGACUCUGGUGCAGAGGCAGUCUCCAAGGCAGUUGAAGAGACUCAACCUCCCAGCACUGAAGCUGAAGUAACUGCCAGUGAAACGGCCCAGAAUCAUAUUUCUACUCCCAUUUCUACAAUUCCAGACUCUCAACCUCCACCUACGUCGGAAGAUACUGGUGCACCAUCAACAACAUCAGUUUCAGACAGCAAAACCACCGAGUCCGUUGUCCCAUCAUCGAUUCCCGCAGAGAUCCAGUCAUCAGAAACUACCAUCGAGGUGAGCCAGCCAGCAAUGGAAGUGUCUGAUCCACUCCCUGCGGUUCCCGCUCAGGCGCCGGUUUCUGAUCAGCGCACUUCACCCCAUGCCGAUGCACUCACCCCGGAUGCUGUUGCCAAUGUCGCUGCACGCAAGCACGAAUUGGACAAUGGCGUAGUUGAUUCAGCGGCUCCUGCUAAGUCUGAUGUGAUGGAUACCUCUUUCCCUACUACUGUCCCACCGACGACAGAUUCCACAAACCGAAUCAAUCAAACUCCUGUCGCUAAUACUGGUCUCCCAUCGCCUCCGGCGCAAUCGCCACCAUCUGCGCCUCAACUGUCGUCUGCCACCUUGACUGAGGAGAAGCCAACAGAGCAACUGGUGGAAGCUCCCAAAGACGUUUCAGCAGCCCCCGUGUCAGCUCCUGCUCCAUCCGAACAGCCAAAAGAACCAGCUCCAACUCCAGCUGUCUCUGCGCCGACUGAAUCUCAGGAUCAGGUUAUGCAGGACGUCUCUUCGCAACCUGUGAAACAGUUCCAUGAACGCGAUGAGCAUGACGAUGGUGAACCCGCCGCCAAGCGUGUUAAGACCGAGGAACCUCAAGCAAGUCAACAAGCGGAAUUCAAGGUUCCAGAUGUCCCUGCGCCGUCCACCCCGCAAGCGACCUCUUUGGUUAAUGGAAACUCGGCUACACCCGCCAGCGCAAACGUUAACGGUAUCACAGAUGGAGAUGACACUGUUACGCCGGCACGCCUAGCCCACAUGAAGAAGGUCAUUUCGAACCUCAAAAAGAGCAACGCCUCUGCUGCAUUUAGGUUGCCGGUGGAUCCUGUGGCCCUCAACAUUCCCACCUAUUUUGAGGUUAUCAAGCAUCCUAUGGAUCUCGGCACCAUCGAUCAACGCUUGAAGCGCAAUGAAUACACAUCGGUCGCGGCUUUCAUCAGUGAUUUCGAGUUGAUUGUCGACAACUGCGUGAAGUUCAACGGUCCAGACCACGGUGUGACGCAAGCAGCCCGAAAGAUGCAGUCGUCGUUCAACAGCCAAAUGCGCAACCUGCCCAAGGCCAGCAUCGAGGAACCUCCCAAAGAUAACAAGAAGGCAGCCAAAAAGCUCGAACCCACGCGAACGGCUCCUCCUCGACGACCUUCUGUCAGCACUACCUCGCAUGCGCCGGCCUCGCAUCCUACACCCAAAGCCUCCGCUCCGCCCACGCCUUCUUUUGCCCCUGGUCCUGAUGGCAUUCCCCUGAUCCGUCGCGACUCUACUCUAGCAGAUGGCCGGCCAAAGCGUGCGAUUGUCCCGACCAAGCGCAACCAAGAAUUCGGCGGAGGCAGACCCAAGAAGAAGAAGUACGAGUUGCAACUCAAGUUUUGCGACGAGGUGUUGAAGGAGUUGACAGCCACCAAGUACUGGCCUAUCAACCAAUACUUCACUCAUCCAGUGGAUCCGGUCGCCUUGAACAUUCCUACCUAUUUUCAGAUCAUCAAAAAGCCAAUGGAUUUGGGCACUAUCCGGACCAAGCUCAACAAUAAUGUGUAUGAGAAGGCCAAAGACUUUGAAGAGGAUGUUCGUCUGGUCUUCAAGAACUGCUACAAAUUCAACCCGGAGGGUGAUCUGGUCAAUUCCGCCGGCCACCAAUUGGAAGAACUUUUCAACAAGAAGUGGGCCACAAAGGACGACUGGAUCGCCGCACGCGAACCACAGUCUGAGCCACAGUCUGACGCCGAGGCGGAAGACGAUGAAGAAGAAGAAUCGGAAGAAGACGCGGAUGACAGCGAAGAAGAGAGAAACGACAAGAUCAAAUUACUGCAGAAGCAAAUUGAAGAAAUGUCCAAGCAGAUGGGUGAGCUGACUCAAAAGAAACACAAGAAAUCCAAGUCUCCUCCCACCAAGAAGACCAAGGCCAAGACCCACAAGAAGGACAAGCCAGCAGCGAACUUCCCGAAUCUGGGCAAGGACAAGAAAGAAAAGAAAAAGUCGGCGCCGAAAUCCAAGGUUGAAAAGGAUCGAUAUGUCACCUUUGCCGAGAAGCAAUACAUUUCUAAUGGAAUUGCCAUGUUGCCUGAGAAACAGAUGCAAGAGGCACUCAAGAUCAUCCAGAACAGCGUCCCAUCGUUGACCAAUAGUGAUCAGAACGAGAUCGAACUCGAUAUUGAAGAGGUCCCGAAUCACGCUCUGCUCAAGUUGCUCAACUUUGUCAAGAAAUACGCUGGGCCGCCUCCCGAGGAACCGAAAGCCGCCGCUGACCCGACCGAUGUGUAUGCUCCUACUCAGAAGUCGAAGAAGAGCAAGCCCAUGAGUAAACAUGAGCAACAAGCCCAGAUUGAAGAGCUCAAAGGCAAGCUCGGUGCUUACCAGGGCGCCAUGUCUCCGAACGCAGUACCGUCCAUCGAAGCGGGUGACAGCAGUGACGACGGCGACUCAGAAGAGAGUGAAGAAGAGUAGAUGGGCAGAUGUGGCGGUUUUCGCGAAAUCCCGCUCUGGCAAGCAUCCUUUCCGUCGUCGUCCACUUCUCCAAUUAUGCGGUUGAGUUUACUUUUAAUAAUCGCCGACAGUCCUCGGGGUUCAGCUCUGGAUUUCGAGAUCCGAUUGCCAAUGUGCUUUGCGAGAGAAAGUUGUCUGUGAUGUAUGAGUGAGUGGUUUGCGAGUCGACAAUUGGACAGAGACAGACAUUAGGACAAGGCAUCCUAGGAGAGAUGUCGGUGCUGUGGAAAUAUUAGUUACCAGUUGUGUCUCGGCCAGAAGUGCGAAGCAAAGGGUUUGCAAACUUCUUGCGCCUGCUGCUUCGACUUUGGCCGAAGAGAGUGAAUGAAAUGAAUGAGUAAAAAUAUUUUAUUGAUUGUCCCGAGUUAUAAUAUGCCAGUGCUUAGAGUGUAACAUUGUAG